AUGAUUUAUCCGUUGUCUGAAACGCCGCUGAACGCAAAAAAUUAUUCGUAUCGAUUCUGUGCUGCAGCAAUGGACACUGAACGGAAUUCUACAGCAAUAAAUCUCUCUUCAGUAUCGUUCACAAUUGUAUUUUGUGCAGUGGUUGGCUAUACAGUGUUCAUCCUCUAUCGUGAGCAACGAGAUGAGAUGAAUGACGACUGGAAGGAAAACUAUUUACCUGAAUAUCCUCGAAUCAGAUGGCACCUUGACCAGCACAUGCUUGACGUGAGUCCCUUUCUGCACUCGGCUCUUACUGCAGCUGGUGAACACAUCGCUUCAAAACUCACUGUGAACAAUUUUGAAGAUUUUUUGCACGCAUAA